AAGCCAAAUGGUGAAAGAGCAACUUUGAUUCGUCCAUCAUAAAUCUCCUAAAUGAAACCCUACUUGUGAUUCGUCCAAAGUAGACCAAAGCCCCGGUGAGCUGGAUGGAGUGCGAGGUGUGAGUCCGGGUAAGGAACCUGAGAGCCAGUAAGGAAGCACACUUGAUCUUGUCUCGGACACGCUUGGCACACCUGGAACCGCCAUAGACCCAGCUGACAUGCUUCCUUGUUUUAGACGAUCUCGUUCGUAUGGGCUUGAGAUCUCACAGCAGGAACCCCCUCACACCACAUUCGGAGUUCAUGCUUAGAGUCUCUUUUCCAGUAAGCUUACAACGGAACACCUCAAUCUAUUUCCAUUGUAUUUAAAUCAUAAGGAUGGCUGGCAUGGUGCUGGGAGUGGGUGCUGGCGUGUUCCUCCUCGCUCUGAUCUGGGUGUUGGUGCUGCUGCUGUGUGUGCUGUUAUCCAGAGCCUCUGGGAUAGCUAGGUUCUCCAUUGUCUUUGUCUUCCUUGGUGCUCUGAUAAUCACUACAAUUCUACUGCUUUUCCCUCGAGCCAGUGAAUUCCCGGCCCCAGAGAUGGAAACGAAGAUUGUGGAUGCCUUUUUCAUCGGCCGCUAUGUCCUGCUGGCUUUCCUCAGUGCAGUCUUUCUUGGAGGCCUCUUCUUGCUUCUUACUCAUCAUGUGCUGGAACCAAUCUAUGCCAAACCACUGCGGUCCUGCUGAGGAUGGUAACGGAAACAUGGGACAUUUUGAUGCCAUGGAUGAGCACAAAGGCACUCACUGGAGCAUUGAUGACGACCUUCAUGUCUUCAGACCAGAGGCAUGACUGUUUGUCACUAAGACAAACCUCUUGAGCCCUGGCUUUUAGAACUCAGCAGCAAAACCGACCCUGGGUGUAGAUUGUCACCAUCUGAAGAUGGAUCUGACUGUCUUCUCGGUACCCAUACUCCAGAACUUCUGUCUGUUUUGAAUGGGAAGUAGUGACAGUGAUCUGCUUGGGGCAGAUGUUCAGUCAAGCCAUCAGUAGUGGAUUUGGGGAGAAGAAGGCUCUGUAGACCAACAGAAGAUCCUGGUCCUUUUGUUUGGAAGAGAAAGGCAUUCAGACACGAAAGGCUGCUUUACUGUGAUAGCUUAGAGGUUGUAUUCGGCAGCAGUUAGUGACCACUCCUUAUGUAAUUCCACAGAGCUCUAGAAAGUGAGUGGCACUUGCCUGCGUUCUAAUAAAGCAAUAAACAGCUACCAAAGGGCUUUCUCUUCAAACUCCUGCCUGCAGCUUUUAUAAAUUUACGUUUUAAGUUUGCUUAGAGAUUAGAAGAGAGGUAUGGAAAUGUUAGAUGUCUUCCUACCGUGUAUCUUGGGUCUUCUUCCAGGGUUUGGUGGCCUCUGGAUGCCUUAUUUAAGUAUUUAGUGUCAUGUAGGAGUCCUCUUUGGGCUUUGGCCCUUUUUCUUUUUACUUUGGUAGUAUUGGGGAUUGAACCUAGGGCUUCACACAUGAUAGGUAAGUAUUUUACCAUCCUAUCCCUCUAUUUUAUUUAUUUAUUUAUUUAUUUUUUUGGGUUUUUCAAGACAAGGUUUCUCUGUGUAACAUUCCUGGCUAUCCUGGAACUCACUCUGUAGACCAGACUGUCCUCAAACUCACUGAGAUCCAUCUGCUUCUGCCUCCUGAGUGCUGGGAUUAAAGAUGUGCACCACCA